AUGGAAGUUACUGCAACAAAAGAUUAUUCAUACCUAAUUCAACCAAUUAGAGAUCUUGCAGAAAAUUGGCAAAUUGAUAUUUCAAAAGAAUUGGAAGAUUAUUUAUCAGAUUUGGAUAAAAUUUCAUUCACAUUUGAAGGUACUAAUCAAGUAAAAACUUUAAAUUUCGCUGAAGCUGCAUUAUUAAUUCAAGGAUCAGCAGUUAUUUAUAGUAAAAAAGUAGAAUACCUAUAUAGUUUACUUUAUCAAACAUUGGAUUUAUUAGCACAAAAAAAAAAAAGAAAAGAUGCAACAUCAAUUAAUUCAGAAGGUGUUGAUAGAGAUAUUGAAAAUGAAGAUGAUGUAGAAUUUUUAGCAUUAGAUGAUAUUUUAAUUGAAGAUGAUAAUAUUGAUUUAAAUGAUGGUGAGAAUGAAGAAGAGGAUGGUGGUGGUGAUGGUGGUAUAAGAAAAAAAAUGAAAUCAAAUAAAAGAAAAGAGAAUGAAGAUGAUCAAGUAUCAAAUGAAUCAACUUAUAAAAUUGCAUUAAUGAAUAAUAGUAGUUCAACUGAUAGGAAUUUAAUGAUGGAUUUAAAUGGUGAUAGUGGUACCAAUGAAAUGGAUGAAAAAGAUAUUCAUAGUAUUCAAAGUAAUAGUAAUGAAAUUUAUGGUAAAAAGAAUGAUUUAAAAAGGAGUGAUUUUAGAAUGAAUGAUGCAAUCGUAUCAAAGAAUGGUGCAAUGGUAUUAAGAGGUUUAGAUUUCUUGGAUAAUGAAAACUUUCUAUCAAAUAAUAAGCCAUUAAAUUUUCACAGGAAUCAAUAUACUGAUGAUGUAGAUGAUAAUAAUAAUAAUAACUAUCAAAUGAAUGGUGGCGGUGGUGGUGGUGGUGAUUUCUUUAAAAAGUUAAAUGAAAAAAGUAAUGACUCGUUACUACCCCCUAAUGGAGAACACCCCCUACAACCCUCUUCUUCAAAUACAAAUUUAAAUGAAAAUAAUAAAGAUGAUGGUAGUGGUUUUGAGAAUGCAGGUGCAGGUCAAGAUAGUAGCGAUGAUGAUAAUAAUGAUGAUGAUGAUGAUGAUGAUAAUAAUGAUGGUAUUGGUAUGAAACAUGAUGACAAUAAUGAUGGUACUAAUCCGCCACCACUACCACCAACACUACAAGAAAAUGGUAAUAAUAAUAAUAAUUUAUCAUCAUCAUCUUCAAAAUUAAAUGAUAAAAAAGAUAGAUUAAAUAGAAAAAAAGCUCAAGUUCAACCAACAACAAAAGAUGCAUGGGCAUUAUUAAAUCCAUUUGAUGAAGAUGUUAAAAAUAAUAGUAGACCAUUCAAAAAGGGUAAAACAUUUAAUAUUCCAUUCAAUCUUUUAGAUUCUGAUAAAAAAAAGAAAUUGAAAAAAGAGAAACCAACAAUCGAAUCUAAUAAAGUAGAAAAAGUAUUAUCGUUUUCAACAGAACCAAUCAUUUCAUUUCCAAAUGAAUCAUUAUCAUUAAGAGGUUGUUUCUUUAAAGAAUUAAAUUAUCUUUAUAAUAAAAACAUUCAACAAAAUAAACAACUUUUAAGAAAACAAAGAUUAGCAAAUAAAAAUAAUGGUUUUGAUUUAAAUGAUGAAUAUGACAGUAAUAAUAAUAAUAAUGAAGAACAGUUCUUUACUCAAGAAAAUAAUAAUAAUGAAGAUAAUAAUGGAGAUGGUAUUGGUAUGGGAUGGGGUGAUGACGAUGAUGACGACUAUGGUGAUUUAGGUGGUGGUGGGGGUGACGAUUCAGAUUAUGAAGGUGGUGAUAAUAAUAAUAAUAAUAAUAAUAAUAAUAUUGAAUAUCAUGAUGGACCAUUUCAAAAUGGUGGUAGUCAAUAUAAUUUUGGUAAUUCAAAUGGAGAAGAACAUGUAGUAGAAAGAUUUAUAUCAGAGAAUGGGAUUGAUAUUGAAUUAAGUAAACCAACACAAACCUAUGAGGAGUUAUGUAGAUCCUAUGUUGAGAAAUAUUUAGAAAGUGCUUCCAAAUACGUUAGAGAGACUGCAUUAUCACAAAGAGUAAAUGAUUGGAACAAUAGAUUAACACCAAUUCUAAUUGAACAAGAUUCUCAUCCAACUUUUGAUAUUCAUGUUUAUGGUAAUAAAUUUUUAAAUGGUAUGAAACCUUUUGCAACAACAAAUAAAAAAUUAAAAGAAGAAAUCAUUAAACCAACCAUUGAAACCGAAGAAGAUGAAGAAGAAGAUGAUGAUGAUUGUAUAAUAAUAAAUAAAGAAGCAACUGUUCCAUUUGGUGAAAUAACAAAGAAUUCACCAACUUAUGAGGUUUGUAGAAUGUUUACAUCUUGUUUACAAUUGGCAAAUAAUGGUAAUAUUGAAAUCAUUUCAAAUAAUAAGCAAAUUGAUACUUUAAAUUUUCAUCUUUUAUCAUUGAAUGAAAAACAUGAUAUUCAAGGUAUGCAGGUACCUUCUAAAUUUAGUAAAAAUAUUUUAGAUGAUGACAAUGAUGAUGAUAAUGACAAUAAUGGCAAUAUUAAAGAAAAAGAUAAUCUAUCAAAUAAAAAUGAUAAAAAAUCAAAUGUAAAAUUAAAGAAACCUACAAAAAAGAAAUCUACAACCACCACUACCACAACCACAAAAAGAAAUGCAAAAAGACAAAAGAAGGAUGAAAGUGAACCUGAAGAAGAAUCUGAAGAAGAGUCUGAACCAGAAUCUGAAGAAUCUGAAUCUGAACUAGAAGAAAUAUCUUCAGAUGAUGAAAAGAUUAAAAAGAAACAAAAAACAACUUCAAAACCCAAACCGAAACCAAAACCAAAAUCAAAGUAA